CGCGCCAUGGUACACUCUGUCGGCCUCGUCGUCGUCCUCCUCGCCGCGUCCGCCGUCGUGGCGCUCGCCGCCCAGGCUCCGGCUCCGGCGGCCUCCGCGAAGUCCGGUUCAGCUGCAGCACCCCCAAAGGCCUCGGCAAAGGCUCCGGCUGCGGUCCCCGAAAAGAGCGCGAAAGCUUCAACGGCGGCGGCCGCAACGUCCACGGCUACACCCAAGGCUGCACCGCCCAAGGCGCCCGCGAAGGGGUCUGGCGCCGAGUCGCCGAGCAAAGGCGCCAUGCCGUCCAAGGCCCCGGCCAGCUCGUCCGAAGCCGAAGCCGCCGAGUCUCCAGACGGCGGCGCCACCGACGAGGAUGAUUCAUCCGCCGCGACGCCGUCUUCCUCGUUGUCGGACGAUGACUCCGACGACUCCGACAGCCCGCCAGGGCCCGCCAGCUCGCCAGACUCAGACUCGCCAGCUGACUCGCCUGACCCCGCCGCAGACGACGAGGAGAGCGGCAGCGUCGGCGUGAGGAGUGGCGUGGUGGCUUCCGUCGUGGCCGUGGCCACCUCAGCCUCCGUCGUGCUUUUAUUUUAGAACAUCGUAGCGAUGUCAAAUGUACUACUUAGGUUGUAGACAUAAACUUUUUUGGCAAUUUGUACUCAGUUUUGGGUGAAAUUUCAGGCGCGGGUGAGUAAUUAUGUGGCA